AUGUGCGAGAAUGAUCAUCAUUUUGUGGAGUGGAAAGAGCAUUAUGUGUCGCAGGAGAGAGGGAACCGUGUUGUUCAUUACUUUCUGAAAGACUCUGCUGGUGAAUCCAUCCUUGCUGUGGUUGGAACUGAGAGAAGUGUAAGACAUAUGUUCUAUGUUGUCUCUGAGGAUUUCGUGCGUGUUUAUGGUUCCGAGAAUUCGAUUCAUUCUGGUUUCAAAUGGAGGUCGAGGAGAGAAGUUGUUGAUUGGCUCACUUCAAUGUUGUCUAAACAAAACGCACAAGGAAACUGGUCGAAGUCACCAAAAUGUGAUUCCGGGGAAUGGAAUGUAUCUCCCGAGUUUCCAGGAGAUGAGGUUCCGCAUCUUAAAAACUUGAGGGUUCACAGUUGGGAGAUUAUGUGGUCAGGAACUUCCUGGAUGUGUGGUAAACAGCUCAAACAUUACCCAUCAUUUUGUAGGAAUGGGACAACAAUAGGGGUUCAGUCUUUUGUCUUUGUGAUGAGCAAAGGGGAUGAUCGGUACGUUGCAUAUCUUGAGGAUAUGUAUGAGGACAAGCGUGGCCUAAAAAAGGUCAGAGUGAGGUGGUUUCACCACACCAAAGAAGUGAAGGGUGCAGUUGCUCUCAAAAACCCACACCCGAAAGAGGUUUUCAUCACCCCUCACUCUCAGGUCAUCAGUGCAGAAUGUGUUGAUGGUCCCGCCACUGUCUUGACCCGUGACCAUUAUGAGGAGUGUAUAGCUUCGUUUCCUAAUUCUUUAUUGGCAAGAGUUCACAUGUGCUAUCGGCAACUCAAGAAGAACAAAAUUAAACCUUUUGACUUGAGUAAAUUGCGUGGAUAUUUGGACCAACCGAUAAUGUCUUGCUUAAGUUCUGCGGAGGCUGAUGCUGUAGUCUGUGGGAUGAGUAAAGAGGAAGAUGAACAGUGGAGUGAGGGUGAGAAUGUAAUGGUUGGCGCUGAGAGGAGCAAGAAGAAACGAAUGAUGUCUGACCAUCUGUUAACAGCAUAUGAAUCUUCAUGUAAAACACUCAAACUUAAUGCCUUAGGGAAAAGCUUUCUAUCCCCAGUCGAUGUUCAUGGAGUGAUGAAGCCUGAUGCAAAAAUAGAGUUUCUGUGUCAAGAUAGCGGUAUUAGAGGCUGCUGGUUUAGGUGCACUGUCCUGGAAGUAUCAAGAAAACAGGUAAAACUCCAGUAUGAUGAUAUAGAGGACGAGGAUGGAUAUGGAAACCUUGAGGAAUGGGUGCCUGCAUUGAAAUCUGCUAUGCCUGAUAAGCUUGGUAUGAGGUCGUCUAACCGCCCAACAAUCCGGCCUGCUCCUCCUGAUGCUAAAAUAACAGACUUUGACCUUACAAUUGGUGAAGCUGUGGAUGCAUGGUGGAAUGAUGGUUGGUGGGAAGGUGUUGUGAUUGCCACUGACAAACCAAACGCUAACGACUUGCAAAUAUAUAUCCCUGGGGAGAACUUAUGCUUAACAGUCCACAGGAAGGAUAUUCGGAUUUCUAGAGAUUGGGUGGGAGACAGCUGGGUUGAUAUCGAUCCUAAACCUGAAAUACUCUCUCUUGUGGCUUCUGAUACUAGCCCGGAACCCAAGCUUUCCAUGUCUUCCACCCAUGCAAAUGAUGCAAAGCCAAAUCCCAUUGCAAUGGCUGAUAUUGUUGAGGUGGCAAAAGAUAGAGGAGAUUCCUUUUUAGGAGAACAGAACGAAGAGCAUAAAGAUGAUGGGGUUGUUAAGGAGAAUGAUGAAAGCAGACUGUUGAAAGAAGAGGAUAAAGAGGUUGGAAGUAACCAAACUAAUACCUACGUCAACCAUGAAAAGACCGUGCAGGACCACAACGAGGAUGAUCUUACCCUUAACGAUGAGAAGGCACGCAAAUCAGAAUCAGUCUUCACCCUAUCAGAAACUACUACCACGCUGGUGACAACGUAA